UUAGUUUUGCGGAUGAACAAGUUUUAAUAAUAAGGGCAUUAUAAAGCCGCUUGCAUUAGCGACAGCUCGCCAUUAUCCUCUUGGAGAGAUGCCACAUUACUCAACGAAGUAAUUUUAUCGAUUCAACAACAGCAGAUUUCGUCAACCAAAUGAUUAUAAAAUAACACAGUCAAGUCAGAUGUUUAUCGACUCGAUGUGGAUGUCCACUUCUCCGAGUGUGGUAGAUGUCCAAACAUUCUCGGACGCGCGACCAACGACGAGGAACGUCUUGGUGGGAGGGCAAAACUCUCUCUCUAGAGCUCAGCUGAUCAUUAAAGCUGCUGCUGGCACAGUCAAACUUUCACGCUCGGCAAUACGCGAGCUUCGCGAGCGAGCAGUUGUCCGACGCCGCUACCGAUUUCAAGGUCCGCGCUUCCGAGUCCGACUCACCGAUUCCGCUCCGAUUACGAAAAUCGCGACGUGAAUCGUGCCGAGCGAGCGUGACAGAAUCGUUGAUGGAUCGCUGGCUGGCUGUGCGAUCCGAAAAUCCACCGGCGAAUCCGAACGAAAAGAAGUAAAAAAGAGGCCAGACCAAAAAAGAUUGGGCAGGUACGGUUCCCAUUAAAUGAACCUGCUCGAAAGACCUAAAUGAAACUUGAAUAUUGGAAUAUUGGAAUAUUACUCUCUUUAUGAUACUUCGCUAUUAAAAGUUUUUAUACCGCUAUUAAAGUUUUUAUAUUAUUAAUUCCAACAGCAUUAUUAUUAUUAUUAUUAUUAAAAUCGAUAACUUGAUUAGUUGAAGAGGAGAUUGCCCGAACAACCUGGAGAAAUUGCGUGGCGUUCGAGCAGCAAGUUUUUUUUUCUUUUUCUUUUUUUGGUGAAAUGCGAACGGAUUUGAUGAUAAGUUAUCGCGGGCUAAGAAGUGUUCUUAGUUGCGUUGAGAGAAAUUAAAAUCGAUACGAUCAGGUGCAAACGUAAAAACUUAACAAAUUGGAUAGAGCGGUUAGUGAGAGUUAGUCAGCGAAUGGAAGAAAUGACUAAUUAACUGCACCUUAAUGUAAGACCAUUUGAAGCGAUUCGUUCACCGGUAAAAUAUUACGCGGCGUGGAACACCUCACGCCGCGCCGCGCCGAGGAACAUCUCAAUCUCGAGAGUUUGAACGAAGACAAAUGAUACCUGACGCGGGAAGCGGCGUCGAGCUUCCAAAUCCGAGAAUUGGAUUAUCACGACGGGCGAUCGCGCGUACGAGACGUGCGUUAUUAGUGAAAGUCGCCCGCGCCUUUCGUACGGUUUGAGGAUCAAGUGUAGAGCGGCGCCGCACGAGAUUCCCGCCAAGAAAACGCGUGAAGGGGUAAAGAAGGUCAGGAAGGAAAGGAAGGAUCAAGAGAUCUUCAUCUGGCCGGAGAAAGGGAAAGAUAAUUGAACAAAAUGACGGGCGGCCUCUCGCCGACGACGAUUCGAAUUUCGACACACGGCGUCGUGAGAAAUCGGUAAAAAUCGGCGGUUUAACAAGUCGAGCACUUCUCAGAGCGAGAAGUUGCGCGUUCAUUGUUCUCUUUGUUGGCUCUCCUCGGAAUAUCGGACCGGAGGAAGUCCGAGCACUUUGCCGAACGAGUACGGGAGAGAAAGGAUCCGAAGAAGAUAACGAGAAAAGAUCCGAGGAAGACAGCGUGAGACGACAGCGAAGUAAGAAGCUUCUAAAGAGAGUUAUAAGGAGCAAAAAGAUUUAAAAGGAAUCGUCGGAUCGCGUCGUACUUUUGUAAAGCCGUGCUCUCACGAUUCGGCGCUUUGCAAGACUUCGCGAAAGAUUUAAAGGAUCGUUAAGAAAACAAAUGAAAAUUUAACAGAGCACUUCGCACUAAUGUUUUUCGCGGAGUGAAGUUAUUUUGAGUGCGUUGCACUCGGCGGAAAUUUAGAAAGGGAAAGAAAGGAAACGUCCAAGUUGAAAUAAUCGAAGCAAAACAGUCGGGCAUAAAUUUUCAGUCUGUGGCAGUGUCUUUUUUUGUUCUCCGAAAGCGAUGUGAUACAUCGCUCGUCUGACAGAAAUAGUUGAUUUAAGUGACUUUCAAGUAACGUUAUAAAUUUAAGUAUACACUUGGUAAAGUUAUAACAAUUUCCUCGUGCUAUUUCCCGGUAGUUAACGACCACCAUUGUAGUCGAGUGAAUAUUAAAAAGACAUCAAAAGAAUCCCGUCCACUGGCGGAAUCCCUACAAAAGGCAAAGUGCGAAGAACUUCAGUGGUAAAUUGGACGGGUUUGUUGGAGAUCAACGGGCCGCGCGCGAAGAGUAGAAGAACCAUCUUCGAGAUUAUUUGCUUGCCGGAAACGAAUGGGAAUCGAGAGAGACGAGACGCACGAUUCACCGCGAACAAAAACCUUGACAGUGCUUUUCUUUUCGGCGGCGUACAUUAAAAUGAGAAUGAGGCUUUAACUCGAACGAGACUUGACCUUGCUCACCUCGCGCCGAGAAAACAUGUGUGUUUUUUUAGCUUUUGAAUUUUAACGAUUUCCAUUCAUAUCAGUUCGAGCGAAUUCGAUUCCCCCGAAAAUACGCGGAAAAUACGAGUCGGAGGAUGCGAGGGAUCGCAGUCGUAGGAACGCGAUCGAGCAGCAAUCAGACGCGACACGCUCGCGAAACGUUCGCCGGGUGAUCAACGGCACGGAUCGCAACGGCGACGAUUCGUCGGCUCGUCGCCGUGAACUGGAGCGUAAGGGAUCCGUACUUCUGCCGACAUCAUUCUGGUCACCCAACCGGAAACGCUCCGAGGAGAAUACGGAUUCGCCGAGGAUCCUUCGGUCCGUUUCUCGCUUCGUCGAGGCACGAAAGAAAUUCGUGACGAAAGCAACGCGCGUUCGAACGUGACGGGAAUCGUACGUCGUGGUCGGAGAAAAAAAAAAAAGGAAAAAAGGGAGAAGAACGAGAGAGAAAAAGAAAUGAUGUUGGUUCGCGAGACGAUUGUCCUUUUCCGUUAAGAGAUCGUCGACGAUCUCGGUAUAUUUCGCGCUCGCAAGAAGGAAGAGAAUCAUCGCGAAGGAAGAAAACCGUUCGCCAUCGUUACACACUAGUCGGCAAGCGGAAAUCUCAAGAAUGACGCACAUCGUACAUCGACUCGGCUUCCACCAGCUCCUCCUGGGGUUCAGCCUGCUGAUCGAACCCCUACUGGGCUACAACGUUCUGAUGGCCACCAUGGGUGGCACCAAGUCUCACACGGUGCCCUUCGUCGCCCUUGGUACGAGUCUGAGAUCGCGAGGACACAACGUUACGCUGCUGAGCGCUUUCCCCGGUCCUGCGGCGAAUAAUGAUCUUCAUGAACUGGUGCCGUCGAUUCUCGAGGCUUACGUCGAGAAUUUCACGGCUGAGUGGGAUCUGGUGGGUGCCAGGUUCCGAAACGAGCUUCCGGUAUCACCAUGGGACGCCAUGAGAUACGCCUGGGAAUCCUGCGAGGCGUUGCUGCGCGACGCGCCGUCGGUAGCCAGCAUGAGAAAACCGGAUGGCGAUCCGCACGCCCGAUGGGAUGUUGCGGUACUCGACGGAGCUUAUCCCGAAUGCAUGUUGGGGAUCCUGCACGGAGAGAAUGUGCCGACGAUAAUGCUGAACACGGUGGCACUGUACAGCGGAUCCAUUAUGCGACAGGGUAAUCCAUCACCGUGGUCAGUGACACCGUUCGGUAAAGCGAUCACGCAGGACAUGACUUUCCUCCAAAGGGUCCUGAACACGGCGGCCCUGUUCACUCUGAAGAUUAUGCAUUGGUUCACACUCUCGAUUUAUCUUCAGCCGACGCUCCAGCGAUACCUCGGUAAUCACAUACCCAACGAUCUACAUAGCCUGACGGCGGAGGUCCCCUUGACUUUGCAGAACAGCCAUUACAGCGUGGGCGACUCCGUGCCCUACUUGUCGAAUGUCGUAAACGUGGCGUGUCUUCACUGCAGGCCGGCGAUGCAAUUAAGUUCCGACUUAGAAUCCUUCCUGCGGCACGGCUUUGUGUUCGUCUCGAUGGGAUCGUCGGUGCGAGCUUCCGGGAUGCCGGAGGCGUUACGGCAGAUCUUCGUCGCCGUGUUCUCCACGCUACCGUACAACGUCGUGUGGAAGUGGGACGGUGGCAAGAUCAAGGAUCUACCGGCGAACGUGAGGACGGCUGCCUGGUGGCCGCAGCAGGAGCUGCUCGGCCAUCCGAAGUUACGCGCCUUCGUUUCCCACGGUGGGCUUUUGUCUCUGCACGAGGCGGCCUAUCACGGCGCGCCAACUCUGAUCCUGCCGGUCUUCUGCGAUCACGACGGAAAUGCCGCGCAGGCCGAUAAGCUGGGUUACGCUUUGGUAAUGGAUCUGGCUGGCGUAUCUAUCGGCGUGCUUCGCGAAGGUAUAAUUAAAGUCGCCGCAUUUCACAAUAAUUCAUAUAGAGAAGCGGCUAAGAAGAGGAGUGCGUUAUUGCGCGAUCUUCCGAUCGGUCCAAGAGAAUUGGCCACGUGGUGGGUAGAACACGUUGCCAGGCAUGGCGGAGCCGAUCAUUUGAAAAGCUCAAUUAGGUACAUGAGCGUGUUCCAUUAUUACAGCAUGGACGUUGCGAUAUUUUACAUACUGAGUUUAAUUCUGAUAAUCUACGUGCUCAAGAAAUUAUGCUGGCGAGCGAUAAUCAGCCAGGAUACCUUCAAAAAGAAAGUAGACUGAUCGAUGAUUUCAUGGAAUCCUCCGUUAAAUUUAUUUUAUUUAUUGUAGAAUAUAGAAUAUAAUUUUUUAAUGAUAAGUAUAAAUAUAUUUAAUUGGGACAAAAUUGGGAUUAUAUAAGUCAAAAAAACGAUAUCUCGACUUCUUAAAGAUCUCUAAUAUAUUUUUAUGAGAAUGUAAUUAAUU